UGGUCUCCAUCGUCUCCAACAGACGUAGUCGCAGCACGUCGCAGAUCGUCGGCCCGGAGGGGAAGGGGAAGAAGGAGAAAGGUGCAUCCAUCCAGAGGAGCACAGAGACGGGUAUGGCUGUAGAGAUGACCAGGAACAUGAGUCGACAGUCCAGUAAAGAGUCCACCAACGGCACCAUGAACAGCUGCAACUCAGAGGGAAAUCUGCUUUUCGGUGGGGUGCGUCUGGGACAGCCAGGCAACCAGUUCAGUGACUUCCUAGAUGGCUUGGGUCCUGCUCAGCUGGUGGGCAGACAAACACUGGCCACACCUGCCAUAGGUGAUAUUCAGAUCGGGAUGAUGGACAAGAAGGGUCAGCUGGAGGUGGAGGUGAUCAGAGCUCGGGGCCUUGUACAAAAGCCUGGAUCCAAAUCCCUCCCUGCUCCAUACGUCAAGGUCUAUCUGUUGAAUAAUGGAGCGUAUGUAGCCAAAAAGAAAACCAAGAUUGCACGGAAAACGCUCGACCCGCUGUACCAGCAAGCGCUGCAAUUCGAGGAGAGCCCACAGGGGAAAGUCUUACAGGUGAUCGUCUGGGGAGACUACGGACGAAUGGACCACAAAAGCUUCAUGGGAGUUGCACAAAUCCUAUUGGAGGAACUAGACUUAACAAGCACAGUGAUUGGCUGGUACAAGUUGUUCCCACCCUCCUCCUUAGUGGACCCCACACUAGCCUCCCUGACUCGACGUGCUUCCCAGUCGUCAUUGGACAGCUCCUCGGGCCCACCYGGCACCCGAUCCUAGUGGACCAAUYGGACUACAGCUACCAAUCUUAAUGGACCAAUGGGACUAUGGCUAGCCUACCGCUUUGUGAAACGAAUUAACGUCACCUUAGAGAUUAACAGACAAAAAUUAUUCUAGAACAACAACAAUCAAGAAACGGAGUCACAAUGAUUUAAAAAAGCUUUGUUGAGAUCUGACAAUCACUCCUGGCAUCGUUUAAUUUGUUUGUUUGUUUUAGAGAGCGUUAGAUUUCAGUGUUUCAUUCCAGUAACGAAUUCGUCAUCGUUUUUUCGCGGUUGUAAUCUAAGAACUAGGGCUGUUGGUAAUAAACAAUGUUCGGUAGCUAGGUAAGGCUGUACUUGAGUCGAGCGGUAAGGAGACACUCGAUUCAUUGAAGAAACUAAGUAGAAAUUUAAAUGUGAAAGGAAGAAGGUUGGUAGUUUUUAGUCAAACCAUCAAUAAACAAAGAAAUGUAUGUUAGCGUCGGAAUGUAUGGACCCAAGACAGAGGUGUCAUCCUCCUUGUUCCUCAGGGGGUGCCAUAAUGUCCUCUCCGCAGUGGCCCCCAUCCGGCCCCCAAACAGACUGCCAGCACUUCGGCCCCCAGGUCAGAGUGCUUCUGGGUGGGGUCGGUCCGGGCAAGCAGGGGUCUCCUUCUGGUGCCUAGACUUUGUGGAUUCACAUUACUGGUCCUUCUCUGUCAAAUAUCAUUUUUUGUUUUCAAGAUGUUUACCAUGGCUGGUCCAAGCCGCUCUCUCGUUUUUGUCUUUGGUACGUUUGACUUUUUUUUCUCAGUUUGUUACUUAUGGCACAAAAAUGUUUUUAUGAUGAGUAUGAGGUUUACGAUGCGUUGUCUGAUGUAUGCAUGGAGAAGAAWAAAAAGACACAAAGAAAAAAUACGUCAUAGAGAAAAUUAACUAAAGUGUCUGCAAUGAGAUGCAGGGGACUGUUCAGUGACACAUCUUAAYUUACGAUUUUUACACUUGACGAUGAGAUUAGUGUGGGAUUACAAUGUUGUUUUCUUCGUUCAGUCACCUACAAAAAGUCCAACCCAGUUGUCUUUGUAUAGAUGUAUAUUAGACCUCCAAGGAGGUUGACCAUUAAAUKUAAUUAUACAUUUCACUUUGAACUAUCACCAGGGUGUCAACAAGUCACUGUAAAAAAAUACGUAUCUUUGUCCACAAUCACGAGAAAUUUCAUUUAGCUGUUUUCCUGGAAUAUCCUUCCCUUCAUCCCAGCACAUGUUUAUGGGUUUUAUCCGAAACUUCAGUUUACAUUAUUUUGAGAUUCAAAAACGCAAGCACAAUAAGCUUGAUUUUUUUUGCAGCAAAAAGUUUAACUUUUUGGGGGGAAAAAAGUGAAUGAAAAAAAUAUAAAAAAUACUGCUUGCAAAUGUAAUUUUUUUGCUUCAUUUAAUUUCUUCUUUGUCUCGAUUWUUUGGAAAAACAAAAAACAUCAGUUGCUCAAAUUUCCCUUCUGCAUCUUUGUGAAUGUGAAAAGUAACCAAUCAGAUUGAGCUUUCCGGACAGGAACACCAAUGCUCAUCCUUCGUCAGGCCCGCUGACUCCUGCCACACCAAAGGGGGCGUGGCCAGCAUGACUCGGACCUGUUCCAAGCUGCAUGCACAUUUUGUAAAACAAAAACSAUACUGG